AUGUACGACAGGACUCACACUACUAUAACAUAUAAUUUUGGUAUACAAUCGUGUGAACCGUGUAAAGCGUUUUUUCGAAGAAAUGCUUUCAGAGAAAAUGACCAGACAUUUAGCUGUUAUUUUGAUAACAAAUGUGAAAUCGAUGUCAUAACGCGACGAUUCUGUCGUAAAUGCCGAUUAAUAAAGUGUUUUGCCGUCGGAAUGAAUAAAGCAUACAUGUUUUCUGGCGAACAAAGACGCAAACGAAAGGCUAUUGUUGAAGAAAAUCGGCGUAAAAGUAAAGUCAAUAAUGAGUUGAAUGCCAUUCACUCGUCCGACACAUCAUCGCAAACACAAUCGGAUUCAUCACUCAAUGAUACAAACAAUGUCUCAAUGAUUGUUGAAAAUGAUGUGAACACAGAUUCGGCGAACAAUUCACAAAAUAUAUUGGAUUUGAAUGACAUAGAGAUUGAAGAAUCAUUUGCUGAACAUUUUCCUAUGAUUCCUAUUCCUAAUCAAAUCAAUACAUACGACAAGAAUUUAAAUCACAUAGAAAUGAAUCGUUUGGAAGAACUGCUAACCGCUACCAAACAAAUAUGGGAACCGAUCAGCGAAAUAACAUCCGAGUCCGUGGAUUAUCCAGAUGUACGAUAUACGAUGCAUACUAAAUGGGAACGGGAUGUCAGCCGACUUACAUUGUUGUCCAAACAUUUAAGUUCAUUCACCGGUAUCUGCGAUGAGGACCGGAUGUUUCUCCUGAAGGCCGGUUACCGCGAGAUAUUACACAUGCGUUCACUCGUUGUCUAUAAUAAUGAUCGUCAACAUUGGGCUAUAGUUUUGGACUUAAAUAACACAACUGUCCUAAAGGUGACAACAUUGAAGAUGUUUGGCCAGGAUUUCUAUGAACUCUACAAAAACUUUUUCAAUAAAUAUGGUCGCGAAUGGGACUUUGACUCAAUUAUAUUAGACCUGUUGACAGUCAUCGCACUGUACACACCGGAUCGGCCCAAUAUUAUGCACAAACAUGCGGUUAAACUUCAACAGCAAAUCAUUGAAAUUAACCAAAAUGUGUAUGAAAUCAAUAAGAAUUUCUUCACUAAAUUCGGUGGUGAAUGGGAUUUCGAUUCAAUCAUUGUAGACCUGCUGACUGCCGUGGCAUUGUUCACACCGGAUCAGCCCAAUAUUAUACACAAAAAUAUGGUUAAGCUUCAACAGCAAAUGUAUAUCCAUUUACUUCGACGAUAUUUAAGACUCAAAUAUAGCGAUACAGAAAUGAAUGCAAAGUUUGCGACACUAAUGAAAUGUUUGAGUGAA